AUGGACCCCACGGAAAAGGCUCGCUUCAGCUACGAACCAUUCAACGUCUCCAUCUCAAUGCAAGAGAUGAGCGAUUUAUUUGAGGAGUUAAUCCACUUUUACAUGUACGAGAUAGAUCACCUGAGCUACUUGCAGAUCCAUUGGAAGGGGUAUCAUCUUGCAAAAAGAGAUUUAAAGUUUUCCAUACAGAUCUGUGACGGACUGCUGAGGUCAGAGACCGUCAUGAGGAGACUGAGAGAGGCCAAGUACGAUGUUCUGUUAUCCGAUCCAAUCUACCCCUGCAGUGACCUGGUGGCUGAGGAUCUGGGCAUUCCUCUGGUCUACUCCCUGCGCUUCUCUAUUGCCCACAUGUGGGAGAGGCUCUGUGGGCAGCUGCCUUCUCCACCAUCCUUUGUCCCUGGUGCCAUGAUCAAGUUAACCGAUGAAAUGAGCUUCACUGAAAGACUGUUGAACUUCCUCUUCUAUGCAUCCCAGGACAUGAUGGCAUACGGUUAUUGGCAAGACAUAGACGCCUACUACAGUGAGAUUCGAGGGAAGCCAUCAACCUAUUGUGAGGUGAUGGGCCAAGCUGACUUGUGGCUGAUCCGGACAUACUGGGACUUUGACUACCCUCGUCCUUUCCUCCCUAACUUCAAGUUUGUGGGGGGAAUCCACUGCAAGCCUGCCAGGCCCUUACCAGAGGACAUGGAGGAGUUUGUGCAGAGCUCUGGAGAUGACGGCAUUGUGGUGUUCACCCUCGGAUCCAUGAUCAAGAACCUCACCACAGAGAAGGGGAACAUGAUCGCCUCAGCCCUGGGGCAGAUUCCCCAGAAGGUCCUGUGGAGGCUCAGCGGGGAGAAGCCUGAGACCCUGGACCCCAACACCAGAGUCUUCGACUGGAUCCCGCAGAAUGACCUGCUGGGUCACCCCAAGACCAGAGCCUUCAUCACCCACGGUGGAACCAAUGGCAUCUACGAGGCCAUCUAUCAUGGGGUCCCCAUGGUGGGAAUUCCUAUGUUCGCUGACCAGCCGGACAACAUGGUCCACAUGAAGGCCAAGGGGGCCGCGGUCAUCAUGGACUUCAACACCAUGAAAACCCAGGAUCUGGUGGAUGGACUCAACGCUGUGAUCAACGAGCCAUCGUAUAAGGAGAAUGCCUUGAGGUUGUCCAGGAUCCACCAUGACAGGCCCAUCAGUCCCAAGGAUGAAGCGGUGUUCUGGAUAGAGUUCACCAUGAGGAAUAAAGGGGCCAAGCACCUGAGGGUCCAGGCCCACGAGCUCACCUGGUACCAGUACCACAGCCUGGACGUGUUCGCUUUCCUUCUGGCCAUCGUGCUGCUGCUCACCCUCCUCUUCAUCAAAACAUGCCUCUUCUGUGUCCGGAGGUGCUGUUAUGGAGCGAAGUCCAAACGGAAGACAGAGUGA